GUUUUUGGUACAUAGAUUUUGAGAAUCUUAUGACUAUAUGUGAUAUUUUUAAAGUUGAGUGUUAUGAGUAAAACUAUAGAAUUUAUGUCCCAAUAACAAAAGAGUUUAAUAUAAUUACAAAGUCAAUAAAACUAAACUUUUUGAAUAACAUAAGAUUUUCAUAGAAUUUAAAAGUCUAGAAACCAAUAACAAAGGUUUCUAAUAAGAUUUUAAGAAUUCAUUAACCAAUAACAAUAAAAUCUCUAAAUUUUAAAAUUCCUUCAAAAUUUAACUCCCAAUAACCCCCUUUAAUCUAACUUUAUUUGUUUUUACCUAUUCAUCUGGAAGAAACAACCCGUUCUCAAGAAAAGAAAACAACUCGAUCGUUCUUGAGCUUCGUUAGAAAACAACAAUAACAAAUAAGAGAUUAAUUACUACAUUCAGAGAAACAAAGUUAUACAACAUAAUUAACGGUUCUAGAAGGCAAAUUAGAAAAUACGAAAGAAUAUUGGUACAUGUAAUGAUUACAAUUAUUUUUUUGUACGAACAUUUUAUAAAUAUGACUUGAUGGUAGCCAACCCUUUUGGUAGUGGAGAAGAUCUUGUAGUUGUGAGUGGAGUGUCCUAAUUUAAAAUAUACUUUAGGAGUCAAGAAUGUGAUCAUAUACCCACAGGGAAUCUCAACAAAUGCAAAAUUUUAGUAUAUAUAACAAAAUAUUAAUUGAAAACGUAUCUUAAAAUAAUUUCUCAGGCCAUCUUUUUCUAAAGAAAUAAAGAUAAAACUAGUGAAGUCUCUUGAAAAAAUUAACUAAACGAAAGAUUUAAGAAAGAGAGGCAUUCCAGUUCCCAACAACCAUGCUAUAUAACUUUUUGUUGAUUAUAUACAUCUAUAAAUAAAACAGGAUUUCUUUCAAGAUUUGUACCAUAUUUUUAAAAGUCUAAAGUAUAUAUAAUUUUCUUGUAUAUAUUAUCUAUAAGGAGAUGGCCAGAUGGGAGAGGGCCAUUCAAGCAUCAGUGCCUUUCUAUGGUGAGGGAAGGGCGGCUUUUGUGGAAACUUAGUUACCCUUUGGCAUUUUAUAAACAAUUUAUUUUCAGGGCUAGAGAUAAUCGUUAUCGAAUUUUUUUUUAUAUUAUCAAACCUUGGUUAGUCCUGACUCCUGACUGGAGCAGAUAAAAUGGUUUCCCCUUCAUUUUUUUUUUGGUUUCCCCUACGUGCUUACAGUUUUUUCUCAGUUUACAACUUAGGAAAAUGUAGUGUUUUAUAUGAACACAUAGUUAAUAUCUUUGUUAUCACCAGCAAUGUUGAUCACCAGCUAUGUUUUAUUUCCACUGAAAAAUUACAAAAGGUAUACAAGUAUGAGAGAUUCAGGACAUCUGCACGCUUAGAUUGUGUCAUAUUAAAUUAUAUUUGAUUUGUUUACUAUAAGAUAAUAGCAACAAACUAAACUUAUAAAAAUUUAAAGCUGAUUUAUAUUGGUGAUGAUUGAAACCGACGUUUCUGAUAUUAGAUGUACCUUAAAAGAUACCAAGGGUCCAUCAUAUCGUUUGUUUACUAAAGCAUAUAUAUGUUUAAUACUACUAUUACACCUUUUUUUUAUAAUUUACACUAUGGAUUUUCUUAUACUACGGAAAAUUGAUACUUGAACGGUCCAAGUUAAAUCACUGGGCUCAUUGUUCCACUUCCACUCAUAUUACACUUAUAAAACGAUCGCUCUUUCAAGUAACUUAAAAACAUAAGCCAAAGUCGGGUGAUCUCUUUUGUCAAAAAAAGUCGUGUGAUCUCAAGCGUCUUCUCUCAUAAACCUAGAAACUAAUCCCAGACAUAAAAAAUAACAUGAAACUCUCAGCUUAUAUCAUUCAUACCAUUCUCUUCAUGUCAGUUGUAUUUGAUAAAAUACAAUACAAUGAGGCAAGACAGUUGCAAACAGACGGUAAAGAUCGUGAUCAUCAAUUCACGGCCGGUUACACUGAUGAUUUCGGGCCUACUUCACCAGGUAAUAGUCCGGGCAUUGGUCAUAAGAUGAAGGAGAGUAAUGAUACUGUUGAAGGGCUUAAAGAUGACUUCAUGAAGCCUACAGCGACACCAGGACAUAGUUCCGACGUUGGACAUGCUGUCAAGAACAGUGAGCCUAAGGCUUAAAAAGAUUCAUAUACUUUAGGGUACUGCUUAGUUGCUUUUACUAAAUUACUAUGUAUCCUUUAAGAAAAAAAGAAUUACAAUGUAUCUAAAUUAUUGUGUUAAGUGUAAUUUCAAUUUAGUCUACGUAGUUUAUGAUAUGUCAUUCGUAAGUUGGUUGACUAUGAGUUAUUAGUUCAUUAAUAAAGUUAAAUACGAUUUGUGUUUUAAUUCA